AUGGACAAACUCUCCGGUCUCGCCAACAAGCUCGGAGGUAACAAGGGCCAAGAAUACCUUGACAAGGGUGAGCUUCAAUGUCUAAACUCUGGCGCAUUAGACUUCAACUUAACAACAACAGGUAUAAACGCCGCGGAGCAGAAGUUCGGUGGUGGCCAGGGUGGCAGUGACCCUGCUAAGAAGGUGACAGAUGCCGGCCGUGAACAGAUGGACAAGGUUGGAAAGGGCGUUCCCGACAAGUUCUCUCAGUAA